AGGGAGGGAGGCCCUCCUUCUGCUGGGGCUCUGUGUAAUCUUCUCGCCUGGGCCCUUUGCUUCCUGAUGUGACUCCCGCCCUGGGCUGUGCUCCCAGCCAUGGCUGACACCAUCUUCAGCAGUGGAAACGAUCAGUGGGUUUGCCCCAACGAUCGGCAGCUUGCUCUGAGAGCCAAGCUUCAGACGGGCUGGUCUGUGCACACAUACCAGACGGAAAAGCAAAGGAGGAGCCAGUGUCUGAGCCCUGGAGAGCUGGAGGUCAUCCUGCAGGUCAUUCAGAGAGCAGAGCGGUUGGACAUCCUGGAGCAGCAGAGGAUCGGGCGGCUGGUGGAACGGCUGGAGACCAUGCAGCGGAACGUGAUGGGCAACGGCCUCUCCCAGUGUCUGCUCUGCGGGGAGGUGCUGGGCUUCCUGGGCAGCGCCUCUGUAUUCUGCAAAGACUGCAGGAAGAAAGUCUGCACCAAAUGCGGGAUCGAGGCUUCCUCCGGCCAGAAGCGGCCCCUGUGGCUGUGUAAGAUCUGCAGUGAGCAAAGAGAGGUCUGGAAGAGGUCGGGGGCCUGGUUCUACAAAGGGCUUCCCAAGUAUAUCUUGCCCCUGAAGACACCCGGCCAGGCUGAUGAUCCCCAUCUCCGACCUCUGCCUGUGGAGCCCACAGAACCCCAGCCUCCGAGUGCUGAAGCCAGCCGCGUCUACACAUGGGCCCGAGGGCGAGUGGUUUCCAGUGACAGUGACUCGGAUCUCAGCUCCUCCAGCCUGGAGGACAAAGCCAUGCCCACUGUGGUCAAGGGCACAAAAGGUGACAAGCCUAGAGGGGACUCAGGAGGCAGCAUGGAGUCACCCAGGAUGGGGCCUGCCUGCCCACCCAGCCAUCUCUCGGGCAGUCAGAGCAGCCUGGCCAGUGAGACUGGGACAGGUGCCUCAGACCCACAGGGAGGCCCCCACCCCAGCCUGAGCCCAGGGUGCCCGGUAAAAGACAUACCUGGACAACUCCCCGCUGCUGAUGUGGUCACCUGGCAUCCCUAGGCUGAGGCAGACCCUCCAGAGGAAGAUUCGGGGAGAGAACACAGGGCCAGGCUUCCUGGCUCGUUUCUGAAGGUCUUUGAGGUCUCUCAAGCACCCUGAUGGCCUUGACCUCCAACUCAACAAACCAGUGUUUGGGGGCCAAGUGCUUGCCCCCACCUAGUGCCUUGCUGCACCCCUCCUAGGCAGAAAGCCCCUUUUUCUACCACCUCACUCAGCACCCCACACACACCUUUAUUUAUUGCCCUAUCCACCCACCCCAGUUAUCCCCAUGUUUUGAUUUGCUUGGUUCUUGGUUUGGGUUGGGAGGGCUUUCCUAUAUGCACUGAAAUUUCAAUGGGGCCACACAGGGCUUUCUUUGUGCUAAUGGCGAGAAGCUGAGAGACCCCCCUCAGUGUGUGGAGCAGUGUCCUAUCUGCCCCAGGCUAGCCCAGGUGCUGGCUUUAACCCAGCUUUGAAGUUUUUUCCCUGAAGCCCCUUACUGGCCUCCAGGUUUUUGCUCAGCCUGGGCACAUAGCUCCCCUAAUAUUAAAACACUUUCUGUUCUUCAAGGGAAAACAAGGCUCCAACAUGCCUCAAGCUCACUGGCCCAGCCUGGGAGUUCCUUAUUCUCAAACCAAAGGAGGCAUGAGAAAUCUUCAAAAUAUAAAUGCUUCUAGAAAACCCUGGGGUGGGUGGGGGUAUGCGUCUGUAUCCUUCCUUCCCCCCCCCCCACCCCUUCAUCCUUGGCCAUCAUUGUUAGCCUUGUGCCCUUGCUGCUGGCAGAAGACAAACACUCAGUUUUCCUGUGAUGUGUAAUAUUCAGGAUUAAAAUAAUCAACAUGAGAAUUUUCAUGGAGCCACUCUUGAUCCAAAGACCAUGAUCACUGCAUUCCAAGCUGUAUUGGGAUGGCAGUGGAUUAAAAUAAAAAUUUAAAAUGUA